AUGCUGCGUUUUGCCAGUUUUCUGCUGAUAACAACCAUCGUGUAUUGUUCGCCGCCAAUGUGCCACUGUCCGAACGGACAAGUCGGCUUGCAAUGCCCGACUCCGAUCACCUUCAACUGUCCGCCGUCUCCGCCGUGUCCCAGCUCGCCGCCGUGCAAUAUGUUCGCCGCACUUCCCACUCUACCGACGUUCGCCACUUUCGCGCCAUUUGCGGUCACCCAAUCACCACAGCAACUGCCACCUGCGAUCUCGCCGCCAGUAAAUGGACAGGAAGCGUUGGUUGGCAUUAAUCAACCACCAACUGCGCAGAUCCGGGAACCUUAUGCUCCUCAGCAGCCACCACCACCUCCACCACCUCCCGCUCCACAGGCACCACCAGUUCAGCAAUACGUUGAAGCCGGAACAGAACCGCCAUUGGUGAUUCAGGAUUCAACCACAAUUCGGCCAUCAACACUUCCAAGUGAAAAAUACGUCGAGCUUGAGAAUCCGGAAGAUUGUCAGCCACCUCCACCAGUUCUCCACAAUGUCGUCGACCACGUAUUCGAAUCCGAACCAAAUAACGGUUACCGACAGCCAGUUCGUCGUCAAGCUGUCAGCGAGAAAUGCAACGAUGACAGGUUGAAGAGAAUUAUCGAAGAUAAUGUCGACGAGAAUCCUUCAACGUCGAAACGGAAAAUCCAGAAGGCGGCAGCCGAGGAGAUUGGCGGAUUAUUCGAUGUGAUCUGCUCGGCACACGACUUCUCGUAUCUGGCCAACACUCAAUUAUUCUGCGAAGCCGGCAACGACGACGUUACCUGCUUCGCCUUCUUGCAUUCGUUAAUUCAAUAA